AUGCUGCAAGCCAUACUGAGCACCAUGCCGGAGGCGACGGCGAACUCGUCGGGUUUCAACCUCUCCGUGACCCCCGUGACAAUUCUCGUACCAAUCAACCCCAACCAGCUCUGCCGCUCCCUCAAGGGGUUCAAGGCGCGCUCGCUUCUUCGCCUCCUCGCCUUCCACGUCGUCAAAGGGCUCUAUACGCAAGAUAGCGCUGUCAAAGCGCUGCUCCUAUCGAAGUACAGCCAAGCCGCGCCAUAUCUGCAGAUUUUGAUCAACACGGUCAACACAGUCAACGCCACAGUCAACGCGCCCUACACGCUGCUGGUCCCGCUAGAGGCGCUCGACUACUGCACGACCAUCAAGAAGUACCCAUCGCAGCAGCUCUUGCCACUCAUGGCCUAUCAUAUAGUGAAAGGCCGGUUCACCUACGGCAUUAUGAAUGGAUUCAAGAACGGAAAGACGCUGAGCACAAUAUCGGGGCUCUCCUUGUCAACAGAACUAGGCAAGAAUGAUUGA